AUGGUUCAGUCCGGCAAGGGGAUCCUGGCGGCGGAUGAGAGUCUGCCCACCAUCGCCAGGCGAUUUGCCGGCAUCGGUCUUGAGUCCUCGGAACAGACGCGGCGCGACUAUCGUGCCCUGUUGGCAGAGACAGACGAUCUGGAGCGGCAUGUCAGCGGCGUCAUCCUGUUUGAAGAAACCCUCGAUCAUAAGGUCUCUGAUGGCCAAACGAUUCCCCAUGCUCUGCAGGCCAGAGGCAUCGUGCCUGGGGUGAAAGUUGAUAAAGGCACUAUUCCCGUCUCGCCUUCAAGUGUACACAAGCUCACCCAGGGUCUUGAUGGACUGGCCGAACGGUUGAGCGGUUAUCGGGAGCAGGGCGCCCGAUUUGCCAAAUGGCGCAACGUCUAUCGUGUUGGCGCCAGCGAUGCGGAUUAUAAGGUUACGGUCAACAUGGGGGCUGAGAUCCUGGCGCGCUAUGCGGCUCUGUGCCACCAGCAGGAUUUGGUACCCAUCGUCGAACCGGAAGUGUUGAUGGACGGCGCGCAUGAGAUAGAGCACUGUGCCGCCGUGACGUUAGAGGUGCAACAUGCGGUGUUUCAGGCACUGUACCGACAUAACGUUGAUCUUCGAUAUAUCGUUUUAAAACCCAAUAUGAUUCUGCCUGGCGAAGGGGUGGGCAAGGCCUCGCCAGACAGAGUGGCCGAAGCCACGCUUCAGGUGUUGAUGCAGACAGUGCCCGCGGCUGUGCCCAGCAUCAACUUUCUGUCUGGUGGACAAACUGAUUUAGAAGCCACCGCAAAUCUGCAAGCCAUCAAUCAAGCUGCAAGGUCAUUCACGGCGCCCUGGCUGCUGAGUUUUUCCUAUGGACGCGCGCUCCAGGCGCCGGUGUUGAAGGCCUGGCAGGGUCGCCCCGAAAACGUUGCUGUCGCGAAAGCCGAACUGCUGCAUCGCGCUGCUAUGAAUGGUGGAGCCGUGGCAGGUGACUAUUCCGCCUCCGAUGAUAACCGGCGCGUGAGCGAACUGGAGUGGAUUGUGCUGGGUGGAGUACUGAUGAGUGGUAUCGCCAUGGUGGGUAGUGUGACCCUGGUGUUAAAACCCGCGACACUGGACCGGCUGCUGUUGCCACUGGUUGCUUUUGCGGCCGGUUCUCUGAUCGGCGGUGCGUUCUUUCACAUGUUACCUGCGGCGCUUGAAGCAGGCAGCGAUGGACUGGCGAUUGGCAUCUUGGUUGUCGCCGGAUUUUCAGCGUUUUUCAUCCUCGAGCAGUUUCUGCAUUGGCGCCACUGCCACCGGACGCAGAGUGACCGCAGGCAACCGUUGACGUAUCUGAUUCUGAUUGGCGAUGGGUUGCACAAUUUUCUCGGUGGCCUGGCGAUUGCCGGAACCUUCCUGAUCGACGUGCGUUUAGGCAUUACAACCUGGCUGGCUGCCGCAGCCCAUGAGAUUCCUCAGGAAUUGGGAGACUUUGGUGUCCUGAUCCAUGGUGGUUGGUCAAAAAGCAGUGCUUUGCUGUUCAACGUGCUGUCCGGAUCGACAUUUUUACUUGGCGGACUGGUGACUUAUGCCUUGUCCACCCAGGUGGACAUCAGCUGGCUGAUCCCAUUUGCGGCAGGCAAUUUCAUCUAUAUCGGUGCUUCAGAUCUGGAUCGCUACUAUCUGCGCGAUGACAUUGCCGACCCUGAGGUGGUAGCGAACUGGGCGGAAAAUCUCAACUACAAUCGCGUGAUACCGUUACUGGCUCUGCAUGAUGAACGCAUUGUCGGCGAGGGUACGUUGCAUCGUCGGCAUGCAGCUGCGCGUCGGCAUGUGGGUGAAGUACGAAUUACAAUUGAUCCCCAGUAUCGGGAUAAAGCCAUUGGGCGUGGGUUGCUGCACAAGCUGGUUGAAGUCGCUAAAGAACGCGAUCUGGAAAGCGUGUUGUUCGAGAUUGCGGCAGAUGCAGAGGAGCCAGCGCGGCAGGCGGCGGCAGUGAUUGGCUUCGUGCCGGUUGCACAGAUUCCCGAUCAAUUCAGAGAUGCCGACGGCCAGACUGCCGCCAUCGACAGUGAGCACCGAACCGUUGCAGUAGGUGGCGGUGAUGGCCAUGAAAUAGAUGGUGUCGGCAAUUUCUUCCGGGGGAUUCAUGUCGGACUCCAGCACCGAUUCCACCAUGUCUGUAUCCACAAAGCCUGGUGCCACUACAUUCGCGCGUAUGCCCUCAGGGCCAUAAGCACGGGCCAGGGAGCGGGUCAGAUUGAUGACACCUGCUUUGGCUGUCGCGUAGGUGUGCGCGUCAUCCAUGCCGCGAAGACCACCGCCACUGGCAAUGUUGACGAUGCUGCCCUCACCCUGCGACAACAUCACGGGCAGUGCCGCGUGGCAAAGGUGAAACACCGAGUCGAGGUUGAUGCGCAGUACUUCGCGCCACUGCUCAUAGGAGGUGUCUUUGAGAGCUGCCAUAGAGCCUGGGUGUUCCACGCCAUAGUUCCAGCCGAUGCCGGCGUUGUUCACCAGGCUGGCAAGGCGCCCGUUUGUUUUGGCGACAGCGAUCAGCUCAGCGGCGGUGUCUGCCAACCCCACGUCACCGGCUACCGGAAUGAUGGCGCCAGCGCCGGCACCCGCCAGUUCGCGGGUUUCCUCGAGUUUAGCUAA